GGGGGGGGGGAGUAGAAGAGAGGGAGGCUGCAGAUAUCGAUGGCUUUAACAAUGGAGCGUUAGGAACCAGUGAGGUGAUAGUCAGCCAUAUAAAGGCUGGGGCAAAGAUAUUUGAGGAAGGGAGCUCCUCCUCGGUGAGCUCUGGGGGCGGAGGAGGAGGAGGAGGCGGGAGGAGGAGGAUGGGCCUCGAACACAGACUUGCAAUGGCACUGCAAAAAUUGGAUUAAAGCAGUAUGCUGGACAAGAGCGAGGUGGCAACUCUAGGCCUCCCCUCCACCACCAGCCAUGGAGGCUCCGACAGUAACAUCAGUGCGGACGCAGCGCCGGCCACGGCAGCAGCAGGAGCAUCAUCAUCAACAUCAGCAUCAGCAGCAGCAGUGUCGGCGUCGUCUGGGGUCAUGGCCUGCGGGGGUGCGGAGGGUUUUGGGGUUGGCGAGCCACAGCGGACGCGUGCUGCCCUGGAGCAUCUGCAGCAGAAGGUCCUAAAGGUCACCGAGCAGAUUCGCGUGGAGCAGGAGGCCCGCGACGACAACGUCGCCGAGUACCUGAAGUUGGCCCACAACGCGGACAAGCAGCAGGCGUCCCGGAUCAAGCAGGUGUUUGAGAAGAAGAACCAGAAGUCUGCGCAGACCAUCGCACACUUGCACAAGAAGCUAGAGCACUACCACAAAAAGCUAAAGGAGAUAGAGCAGUUCUCUCCCUUAACCCAAUCUCUCCGACCUUUGAGAUCCUCUCUGCUUCCUCAUUUCUCUUCCCUCUCUACAGAAUGGACCGGCCCGGCAGCCUAAAGAUGUCCUGCGGGACAUGCAGCAGGGAUUAAAGGACGUCGGCGCCAAUGUUCGUGCUGGCAUAAGUGGUUUCGGAGGUGGAGUGGUCGAAGGGGUCAAAGGUGGAGUAACGGCCCUUACUCACAAAGCCGUGGUCUCCAAGCCGAGGGAGUUUGCCAGUCUCAUCAGGAACAAGUUCGGCAGCGCGGAUAACAUCACUCACCUGAAGGACUCACUCGAGGACGGAGUCAGGGGCCACUCCGAGGACACCCUGACGCCCCGUGCGCUCAGUGGAAGUGCCACCCUGGUCUCCAGCCCAAAGUACGGCAGCGACGACGAGUGCUCCAGCGCCACGUCGGGCUCCGCGGCAGGCAGUAAUUCAGGUGGUGCAGGGGGGGGAGGAGGAGGAGGACUCUUAGGACCAAACAUGGGGAGCCCCAGGCUGGACGGACACCACCACCACCACCAUCACAUGCACAGCUCCUGGGACUCUCUCCUGGAGGGGCUGCAGGAGAUCAAAGCCAGUCAGGCGCACAUGGAGGACGCCAUGGAGGACAUGAAGGGUCAGCUGCAGAGCGACUACUCCUACAUGACACAGUGCCUGCAAGAAGAAAGAUACAGGUACGAGCGGCUUGAAGAACAGCUGAACGACUUGACGGAGCUCCACCAGAAUGAGAUGACCAACCUUAAACAGGAGCUCGCCAGCAUGGAGGAAAAAGUUGCCUACCAGUCCUACGAGAGAGCCAGAGACAUUCAGGAGGCCGUGGAGUCGUGCCUGACUCGCAUCACCAAGCUGGAGCUGCAGCAGCAGCAGCAGCAGGUCGUCCAGUUGGAGGGAGUGGAGAACGCCAACGCGCGCGCUCUGCUGGGAAAACUCAUCAACGUCAUCCUGGCGCUGAUGGCCGUGCUGCUGGUGUUCGUCUCCACCUUGGCCAACUUCAUCACGCCGCUGAUGAAGACGCGGGGCCGGGUGGCCUCCACCGUCCUGCUGACCUUGCUGCUGUUCGUCCUGUGGAAGCAGUGGGACUUUGUGGAGCCGUGGCUGCAGCCCAGCUGAAGUUCCCCAGAGAGACUCCAGUGGCCGAAAUAGAACGAGGGCCCUCUGCACAGAUGAAAAUCGUGGCACUUUUGGACGGAUUUGGACAUGAUUGUGCGUGCAGAGUUUUCUCACAGCUGUUUACAGUGAAAAAGGACAAAAAUAAACCCCUCUGCUUGCCAGUUAAGAGACGGAAGACAUCAUCUCAUCUCGCCCAUAUCUUCUGGUGUUGAUGACCAAUCACCAAUUACAUUGCUGUCACCAAAAACUGAGGAAUCUUUGGAUCGUCUUUUUCUAAAUAUUUAUGAAACAUGAAUUAAAAAGACUAGAGCAACUUAAUAAUUAAAAAUGCUGAUCAUGUUUGCCUUCAUGUUGAAGCUAUAUUAUAUUCGAGAGGAAAUGUUUUUUUCAUGAAUGUUAUUGCUCAUGCAUGUUGUGUGCACUAAGAUGCAUCUAGCCGGCAUGAGUUAACAUUUCCUUAAUGACUAAUAAAUCUUCAUUAACUGCCGUUUCGCUGUCAGGAGUGCAGAAUGUUGUCUUACAUCCUGUGGAAGCAGUGCUUUAAGACGCAUUAUUCUUGUCUUUUUCUCAAAAUCAAGUGAGGUGAAUAAAAUAAGCCGCGACAAAUUCACAGUAAUAAUUCCACCACGUAAAAUCUGCUUUGUGCAUAAACGCGAUUUCCUAAUCACUAUUGUAGAACUGGUACGGACCAGUGUCAAAUGAAAAUAAUGGCAUGUCAAAUUGUAUCAAAGUUUAUAUCCAGUUUGCAAAAAAUAAUGAUUGCUGUUUUAAACAAUGUAAGAAAUAAAUGAUUCCAUGUGUCGA